GUGAGUUGUGUUGAGUGAUCAGAGAUGGCAAUCAUUGAACCACAGGUGCAGUCAUUGUAAACACUGGACUGUGUUUUGGUGUAAACAUUGAUUCGCUAGAAAUAUGCCAUUUAUUGGACACUAUUUAACAUUAAUUAUAACAAUAUAUAUAACCCUAUCAUUGGUUUCAUUGACUAAAACUCAACAAACAAUUGAUUCAAAGGAUUCAAAGCCAGAGAAGAAAGUUUGCGAUCAAUUGAAUAGCAAUUGUCAUGAAUUGAAUGAUAACUGCAUUGAAUGCAAAGUCAACUACUCUUGUGUUUACGGACAACAACUGGACCUCAAUUGUCGGCCCAUCGAAGGCAUCGCUUGUAUCGGUGAGACAAACAUCACGCGAAGACAUUUGUGUGCCUUUUGUUAUCAAUUGCCGCAACACUUAUACAACUGUUCGCCAAACUCUUCGUGUGAUUACAACUCCCGAUAUAAGGCUCGCUGUGAAGUGAAUGACCCGAAGAUUGUCUGUUUGGGGAACAGAGUCUUCCAUAAGUACAAAGACUGUCAUUUCGUGUCGGGAUAUAAGUGGUCGACAGCACUGUUGCUCAGUAUAACAUUGGGUGGCUUUGGAAUCGAUCGCUUCUAUUUGGGUCUUUGGCAGGAAGGCGUCGGCAAACUCUUCAGUUUCGGUGGUCUCGGAGUCUGGACUCUAAUUGAUGUCAUACUUAUAGCCACCGGUUAUCUUAAACCAAGCGAUGGAUCCGUUUAUAUAUAAAGUUCUCUAAAAAUGACAUCCAAUACAUCUUCGGUCGUUAUUCUUCCGGUUAUAUAAGAUAAUUGUUGAAUCGCUUCUCGCAAGCGAUGGGCCGAUAUAGCCAUGUCUUUGUCCACCGUUUCCAGCGAUUGUUUGAUCCGUUGGACAACACGUGUGAGAUGUGCCUCAUGUCUGUCCGUUAUGAACAGCGUUUCGUCGAUUGGGUUUCCGCACAACUGGUCCACAAUUUGUGUCAACUUUAUUGUCAACUCUUGCAAACCCUCCGAUGUCUUACAGCUGAUGGCAAUCCAAUCACUCAAAUGUUUAUUAC